CAGCAUCAUCACACACACGAUCAUCCCUCGCCCAACUCAUUCGUGCUUGCGUGCGUGUAUAGGAAGAUCGUGACGUGAUUGUUUUUACUCCCAUAUCCCAAAUCACAUCUUAUAACAUAACGAAAUUGAAUCAUUUCCCUUUGCAAGUGCAUCGAUCAUUGAAUGGACAGUGAUUCAUUACAUGUGAGUGGACGCUAGCACAGGCGGGCAUCAUCGUGAUCGCGCGAGGCGGGAUUUGGAUAUUAAAGUUUGACGUAGGUGAUACACACAAAGAAACUCCAUGGCAGAAAACAAUUUUCCUCCCCUUCCACGGUUCAUCCCAUUGAAGCCAUGUUUCUACCAGGACUUCAACGAGAUUCCAGAUCAACACCGGACCAUGUGCAAACGGCUGUAUUACUUAUGGAUACUAAAUAGUGCCACCCUAGCGACGAACCUGAUUGGUUGUCUGGCUUGGAUGUGCGGUGGAGGCGGGGCAACGAAUUUUGGGAUGGCCAUUCUUUGGCUUAUACUGUUCACCCCAUGCUCAUACGUGUGCUGGUUUAGGCCCAUCUAUAAAGCCUUCAAGACAGACAGCUCUUUCAACUUCAUGGCAUUUUUUUUCGUAUUCAUGGCACAGGUGGUUAUAAGCAUCAUUCAGACUGUUGGAAUCCCAGGAUGGGGAGUUUGCGGCUGGCUGGCCACCAUCACUUUCUUCAGCACUAAUAUCGGCUCUGCCGUUGUUAUGCUGAUCCCAACCAUAAUGUUCACUGCCGUGGCUGUGCUUUCCUUCAUCGCCCUCACCAGGGUUCACAACAUGUACCGUGGUAGCGGAGGUAGUAUGAGCAAAGCUCAGGAAGAAUGGACCACCGGUGCCUGGAAGAACCCUCAAGUCCAACAGGCAGCACAGCAGGCAGCGAUGGGGGCCGCGCAGGGGGCCGUGCAACAGCAGUACUCGGCCGCCCCAACCUAUAACUAUAACGAGCCAAUGUAGUUGGUUUAUAGCCACAUCAGGGGGGAGGGACAGUAACAGGGUAUUUGGGAGGAACUAUUGACCAAUUUGAAUUCGAAUAGGUUACAGCAAUGCAUACGAUUUUGCUUAAACGGUUUUAACAAUGUGAGGUAGAGUUGCGUUUGGACCCCAUCAAUAGGAAGGUUUCAGUCUUGCCACGCGGUAUUACGGCAGAUUUCGUUAAUGGUUAUGUAGUGUUUCUUCACUUAUUGUAUUUUAAAAAUGGCUGAACUAAAACGGAGACAUUCCAGAGCUUAGUAACUAGAUUCCUUUGAGAUUCGUCUGUGUGGUGUUUGCAAGGCAGUUUAUAUUUCGGUUGGCUAAUAGUAUUUAACACUUUCAACAAUUUCGCAAAUGCAUUUUUUACUCUCACAUCUUACGAAGGAACGUUUGCUUUAAGCAGAGAGAGGCGUGAAGUGCAACUAAAAAGGUCUUUUUUUGACUGUUUCUUUAUUUGCCGUAAAGGUACAGGGAAGCCAUAUGUUUACAUUAUUUUUAGUUGUGUCGUUUGUUGGUAUUUUAGAAUGUGCGGUUGUGUUAACAUUGUUUUUGUUACCUCAGGAUUCAAUCGUCUCAUUUUACAGCUGUUUGGCUAACAGGACCGUUAGGAAAGAAAUAUUUGUACAUGUACAUAUUGUACAUCUGUAGUUCAAUAGACACUCUUGAACAAAGAGUAAAUAUCUACUGUAAGAGACAGAAACAUUAUACGCUACCGUUCAAAAGUUUAGGGUCACUAAACCAGGGAUUCUUUAUUUAUAUAUUUUCAUACAUUUUAAAAUAGUAGAAAGCUCAUCAAAUUAAAAUAUGGGAAUUAUGUGGUGACAAAAAAAUCCAAAAUAAUUAAUCAUCACUAUAAUUUGUAGAAAUGUACUCUUAAAAUUUGUUCAAGAAGCAGCUUUAGGUUUAUCGUGAGAUGCUUUUAAAACAGUAUUGAAUGAGUUCACAUCUAUUCAGGGCUGAUAUUGGCUGCUUUUCCUUCAUUAUUUAGUCAGAGUCAUCCAUUUAAAAAACAUUACUGUAUUUUUUUUACUUUUGUAGUAAAAGUAACUCAUGCACAAUUGCAGAAUUAUGUUUUGUCUUACAACAAAAUAUUAAUAAUAAGCAUAACAAAAUAAAAUUGUCUUACUAACAUUAAAGGUAUAGUUCACCCCCAAAAUGUUUUUUAUUCUGUUGUACACAAAACAAUAUUUUGAUAAAUGAUGUUAAGCACCCAGUUGACAGUACGUAUUGACUUCCAUAGUAUUUGUAUCCUACUAAACAGUUAAUGGGCCCCAUUCACUUCUAUAAUAUUCUUUUUGCCUACUAUGGAAGUCAAUGUGGCUCAUCAUGUUCAUCCGAACAAAGAAAUGUAUACAGGUUUGUAACAACAUAAGGGUGUACCAAGACCCUAAGGUGACAUUGGAGUAAAAAAAAUCUAAAGUUUAGUUUCAUGUGCUAACGUGAAACUUUCAUGUGCUCACGUGAAAUUUUAAUGUGCUCACGCGAAACUUUCAUGUGGAGAAUAUUUUUUUUGUUUAAGUUUAGUUUCGCAGGUUCACGUGAAACUUUAACGCGCACGUGAAACUAUCGCGUGCGCAUGUGAAAGCGAAAGUUUUCAUGUGCAUGAAACUUUCAUGUGCUCACGUAAAACUUUAAUGUGCUCACGCGAAACCUUCAUGUGCAGAAUAUUUUUUGUUUAAGUUUAGUUUCGCAUGCUCACGUGAAACUUUCACGCACACGUCAAACUAUCGCGUGCGCACGUGUAAGCAAAAGUUUCACGUGCGCACGCGAAACUAAACGCGGUAGUGUCACAAGCGCAUACGAUAGUUUCACGUGAGCACGGCACAGUUUCACAUGCGAAACUAAACUUUAAUUUUUGCUCCAUGUCCCCUUAGGGGCUCCGUAAGGGUGAGUAAAGGAGACAGAUUUUUCAUUUUUCGGUGAACUAUCCCUUUAAUCACACAGAUUAAAAGGUUUGUAAGGUCGAGAGAAACAUUUCACUCAAGUGACCUUAAACUUUUGAGCGAUAGUGUGUAUUUCAUCAUAUUUUAAUCCUUAUAUAUUGGAUUGUUUGAUAUUUAAGAGGCUGUUAUAACUGAAAUUGUAAUUGUUGGUUGUGAAUUACUCAAGACCCAUGAAUUUCAGUCAUGCUGUAAAUAUCAAAAUAUGAUGUCUGGGUGGUUUAUUUUUCACUGAGCAAUGAGUCAAAACCUGCAAGUAAAGCACACUUUUAGGUAAUAUUGUCACAAACAGUAUACAAUAUAUGGUAUCAUAUUUAUAAUUAUUUACUGGUACACAUUAUGCAGUUUGCAUCUCCCAAAGCCAUGCAAUUUUUCUCUACAUUUCCUAAAAAUAUUUGCUCUAUAAGAAUAAAAGAAAGUGUUUCAUGAUGACACAGAAGAACCAUUUUUGGCUGAAUGGUUCUUCUAUGGAAUGUGAAAAACCUUUAUAUCACAUGUAUUUUUAAGAGUGUAUGCAUUGAUAGAUAACUGAUGUGAAAACUUCCUCACAACAUUUUGACACUUUCGGACUGCAAAAAUGCAGUAUAUUACCAAUUAUAAUGGAGCAUUCAUUUAGAUUUGUUGUUUAAAUUCAGCUAAAUCUGUGUUCCGAGGAACUGGUUGGUAAUAAAUGGUUGGCUUUAGAAUUGGGUGAUAAUAUAUAAAAAAUAAUGUACAGUAGCCUAUAUGUCAUAUGUUCAUCUAGAUGUUUAAAUCAAGGCUUGUAAAAUACCUUCAAGCAUUUUAAAGAAUUGUGAAAUGUUGAAUAAGGCAAUGUGAGAUAUAUUUCAUAUAUGUUAUGUUUGGGGAAUUUUCUAUGUAUUUUUUUGUUUUGUUUAAAUUAUAUUUUCUAUUACGUGUACGUAUUUGAGUGUUUUGAGCAGUGUCAUGCGUAGUACACUCAGUAGAAAGGCUUGGUGAGACAGGACAUGCAGAUUAAACACUGGAAAAAAAAUUGGUCCAACUUAAAAAUGAAGUUAUCUGGUUGUCUUAAAAUUUUGAGUUAAUUCAACUUAAAAAUAUAGUUUUUUUUUAAGUGGAAUAAACUCAAAAUUUUAAGUCAACCAGGUAACUUACUUUUUUUAAGUUGAACCAACACAUUUUUUUACAGUGAAGCUUUGGCUGAGAUUUUGUCCCUAACUGACAUCCAUGGGUUUAUGGUGCUGCUCAGAGGAUCAUAUGAAUGAAACUUUACCUCUGUUUUCUGACCAACCACAGACAGACGCAAUAUCGAUAUCUGUCGUGUAUAAUUCAAAGAGAAAAUUAUAUAUUUCAGCCGCACCAGCAAAAGCUAAAGUCACUGUCCUUUGCCAAGAUCCAAUAUCUUCCUUUGUGCCCUGAUAAUAAUGCGUAUAUAUCCCAACAGUUUAAAAUAGCCUUGUUAAUACUGUAAAGUAGUGAGCGAAGAUGCCAGUAAAGUAACAACAAAAACAGAUAGUUGUCUUUGUAUAGUGAGUUGUGUGUGGUGAUCGGUGCAUUUGUGAAUUGAACCAAACCUUGUGCUAUGCGUACAAAGGCACUCUGUGUGUGUAUGUGUGUGUUGAUGUUAAUUCAUUUGUUUAAAGUGAAUGUACUGUUGACCUUGAAACAAGAAUAACACUUUAUUUUACAGGUUUUCAUUUUUAAUGAA